AUGGCCGUCGCACCUGAGAAGAUAUUUGCCGUGUUGAUUGGCAUCAACAACUACCGCGGGCAGUACAACAAUGUCAAAAAUCUAUACGGUUGUGUCAGGGAUGUAGACAUCAUCGAUACACUCCUCACAACCACCCUCCGCGUUCCAGCCGGCAAUGUUCAUACCCUCACGUCCCCUCAUGGGUCGACACCGGAAACUUUGCCGACCAAAACCAAUGUCCUUGCCCUGAUUGAGGAGGUCGCCGGAAGAGCGGUUGCGAGCGGCCCUGGUGCCCUUCUCUUCCUGCACUACUCUGGCCACGGCAUGCGCACCAAAACAAUCUACCAUAAGCCAGAGAAUGGUGGUUUGAAGUCUGCAGGUGCCUACUAUGAGGGGUUGUGCACUCUGGGAGAGCCCCUGAUGGAUGUUGAGCUUUCCAAUGUUUUGGAUGGGCUGAAUGAACUGGGUCUCACGGAGGCGCCGAUCGGGACAGCUUGCAUUCAGGCUCUGGUGGUGGACAUGAUGCCUUGGACGGCAUGA